UGCGUCAUAUUGUUACCAAAAUAUAUGUCCUAAAACUUUUUCAUUGAGACUGGUGCAUGUGUAAUAAAUGCAUGUAUCAUUUCUUAUUCUGGAAAAUAACUCAAGAUAUUACAUAUAAAAUGAUGAUUUUACCAACCUUCCUACUGAUGGUCCAUGUUUCACACGUUGAAACACAAACUGGAAGCUGCAAAGACAUCUUACAUGGCUUCCUGUCUGGACAAUUGUCGUCCGCUGUCGGAGAUUAUCAAAUUAAAGCAUUGAAGCAGGAGUUCCUAAGGUUCACAAAUACCAUGCAGCGAUCUAUGAAUGUAUUCAAGGAACAAACGAAAGCUGAUUUUGAGAAAAAAGGUAGAAGAAACAGAAGCGUUGUUUAUACAAGAUGGGGAAAGAAAACAUGUCCCUCGAAUGCUGAGCUGGUUCUUUCUGGAUUUACAGGUGGGUCACAUUAUAGCCACUCGGGAGCGGCUGUUGAUCCCCUUUGUUUACCAAGAGAUCCUGAAUGGGGCCGGUACAAAGAUGGAACGAACGGCUAUAAAGCUUAUGUAUAUGGAGCCGAAUACGAAACUGGCGAUUCUCUGAGUAACUUGCAUAGACUCAAUGACCAUGACGUACCGUGCGCUGUCUGCCUGGUACAUAAUAUAUCUGUUGUUAGAGUAUUCCCCGCAAGGAAAACUUGUUACAAAGGUUGGAAAUUGGAAUACGAUGGCUAUCUAAUGGCGGGAUAUCAUAAUCAUGCUGCUGCCACAACCUACAGGUGUGUGGAUAGGAACCCUGAUACCUUAAUUGGGGGUCAUUCUAGUCAUGUUGGCUAUCUUUUCUUUUCUGUGGAGGCAAGAUGUGGAUCAUUGAAAUGUCCACCGUACGUAAACGGGCGGGAACUUGUAUGUGCUGUCUGCUCCAAGGCAUAGAGUUAUCGGAUAGGACAAUUGAAAUAUUUCCACACAAUAAAGAGAUUGGUUUCAGAAUUAA